CUCCACCGCCAUCACAAUCCCAAAUCAACGAAGCGUCCAUAUCAAUAAAUCUUCCCAAAUCCAACGGCCACAAUUCAACUCCUAAACACCAACACAGAUCUCAUCUUUACUUCCCUCUGUUAAACCCUGCAACUUUUGAAACCCUAAUUCACACUCCUCUAUGCUUAGGGUUUAAUAAAAACGUUUGCUUGUUCGAUUAAUAAUGGCGAAUUCCUACUCUUCUUCUUCUUCCGUUACUGCAUCUCAGGUGGGUUCGUACUUUGUGCAACAAUAUUAUCAGGUGCUUCAGCAACAGCCUGAAUUUGCUCAUCAGUUUUAUGCGGAUUCCAGUACUAUGGUUCGGGUUGAUGGUGAAUCCACUGAGACUGCUUCUGCUAUUUUUCAAAUCCAUUCACUUGUCCAGUCACUACAUUUUAGCGGGAUCGAGAUCAAGACAAUAAAUUCUCUUGAAUCAUGGAGCCAAGGCAUUAUUGUUGUGGUUUCUGGUUCCGUAAAAUCCAAACUUUUUACCGGCUGGAAGAAGUUUGUUCAGACAUUUUUCCUUGCUCCACAAGAAAAAGGUUACUUUGUGAUGAACGACAUCUUCCACUUUGAAAGUGAGGAAGUUACACAUCAGCGUCCACCACCCGAGGCCAAAGUUGAUUCUCAACAAAUUACUUCUGAGUUACCUGUUAGUGAAGAUGCUUAUGAGGUUGAAGCAAGGGAAAAUCUCACUUCAUUAAAUUUAGAACAAAACAAUGAAGAUGGCUACUACAAUCCUUCUCAAGAAACACAUCUACAAGAAGAAGAAGAAGAAGAAGAAGAAGAUUAUGAAAGUGAAUCCUAUGAUGAACAACCACCGCUAGAAGAUAACGUUCAAAACAAUACUGUGGACUACGUACAACAAGAAGAACGUAUUCAUUAUCAAAACACAGUGGAUGAAUAUGUUCAAGAGAACACUGUAGAAUACGUUCAAGAACCAGUUUCUGCUGUGGUUGCAGAGCCUGUCAAGUUCACAUAUGCUUCUAUUUUGCGAUCCAAAGGGAAAUCAUCGCCAUCAGUUUCUCUUCAGCCACCGACUGCUAAGAGUGUGACACCUGCCCCCGAAUGGCAUUCGACUCCUGAACCCGUUACUCAACCGCCACCUGUUUCAUCGGCAUCAGACUCCACUACUCAAUUGGCACAGGAAUCUUUCACUAGUGAAGAAGGCGAUUCGAAGUCUGUUUAUGUGAGGAACUUGCCAACUACUGUUACUAGCCAGGAAAUAUUUGAAGAGUUCAAGAAUUUUGGCAAAAUUAAGCAGGAUGGUGUAUUCAUGAAGAAUCGGAAGGAUGUUGGUGUUUGCUUUGCCUUUGUUGAGUUUGAGGACUUCGAGGGUGUCCAGAGAGCAAUCGAGGCAUCUCCAAUUCAAUUAGCAGGAAGACAAAUCUACAUUGAAGAGAGGAGAGCAAACAACAGCGGUAGUACUCGUGGUGGAAGAGGAAGAGGCGGCGGGAGAGGUCGAGGUGAUGCAUCAAGAGGACGUUACGGUGGUGGAUCUUAUGCAAGAGGAAACGGUUUUCGUUAAUCUUCUUCACCACAAGAAGAAAGCCACCAUGUUUGUGGAGGCUUUGUUUUGCUGCUAGUGUUUUUGGUUUUAAAACAAGUGUUUGGGUUGUGAUUUUAUGUUGCAUUUUGCUAAUCUUGUUAAAGAGAAUGAUUGUAUAUCGCGCAAGCGAACUAUUGAUCUCUUGAUUGAUUGUUUAUUUAACUGUCAAUUUGAGAGAUGCAUGUUUUGUGAACCUUUCCCCCUGAUCUUUUGAGAUGUUCGAUGA